GCGUAUUUAUUAUUGGGCUUUGAUCUGUUUAGCCCAUUGUUUUUGGGUUCAAUAGUGAACAUUGCUAAGAUGUUUUUUUCUUUUUUUUUAUUCAACAGUUGUAGCCUGGUAGGAAAUAGAGAGGAUAGUAUGGGACAAAAUAACAACUAGCUUGUAGUUUCUGCAGAAUGUGUUCUCUUCGAGGUGGGACAAUGUUGACAAAAGCCCAGAAGUUUAUCAAAUUAUGAUUCUCACUCGAAAUCACCUCGAAUAACAUUAAAAUUAAAGAGUUGAGAUUGGCCAAUUGAAAUUAAAGAAAAAUUGUGUUUUUUUUCGAAAUGGAGGAAAAACAAAGAGAACAAAAGUUAGAGCACUUAGUGCAAUAACUAGUGGGCCCCUACUAUAGAAUAAUUGUUUCUUACGCGAAGGCCCAUUGGGUCACUCCCUACCUUCCGCGCCUGACCUAAUUUUGAAACAAACACCGUCUUAAAAAUGAAAAUUCUUUUUAACAAAACAAUAAAUACGCAUCUGGUCUUUAUAUUGUUGAUGACUAGUAAAAUACUGUACAACUAUUUGAUUAACCCAUAAAACAUCGAAUCUUGCGAAUACAUAUCACUUCUUUUCUUCUUUUAAAGCAAUAUUAACAUAUACUAUAGUAUUUACAUCUUGUUUUACAUUUUCGAAAUAACACUACAAGAAAUAUUAGCAUUGAUAGCACAUGACGAUAGCGCAUUUUUCGUCACUGCUAUUAAAGAUGGUACUCAAAGUUCGGUAACUAUAUCAUAGCAUUUCAAAAAUACUAAGACUAACAAUAGCAGAAUGAAAAACUAAAAUCACUUUGAACCGGCGCACUUAGCAAAAUUUUUAUGUUUAGCGCUCCACCAAAUUAAAAAAAAAAUCCAUUUGUUGCCAAACAAAACCUAAUUUUUCUCAUAUUUGCCUCAUUAUCUUCUCCUCAUACCUCUUCGUUCUCUUCGAGACCUUUAAUUUUUUAUAAAGUAACGCUCUCUCAUUUUUUUUUUGUCUCACCUUCAACCCUAAAUCCCCUUUCUCCAUCUCCAAAAAAACAACAGAUCUAAAAAAACACAGAUCUUCCACUUAUCCAUACUUUGAAGAUCCUCUUCUCCUCAUCGUCUUUCUCCAUCUCCAAAUUGUCGCCGCGUCAUCAAUCUUCCAUAUCUGAGAACGACCGAUGGUACUAGAUCCGCCGGGGGUCAAAAUUUCUCCGAUUUGGUCUGGUUCGAGCUCAAGUAUCCUUCAUCCUGAAUCGGGUCCGUUGGUUUCUCCAUCUAUAGACUUGGCUGGUUUGUUGUGGUUCGAGCUAUGGCGAAGUCUCAAACAGAUCAGAGGAAUAAGAGAGGGAGAAAGAAAGAGUCUUGGUUUGAUGAAUCCUCUAAAAAAAAGUCGUUUCCAAAUCCUUCUUCUUCGUCAUCUCCGUGGGCAUUUGCGUUCCACAUUUUUUCUUGUUACUUCUUCAUGUCUAGCUUCUUGUUCUUCUUCGUAUUCAGACUUGAAGGUGCUAAAACGGUGAUGACGAGUGAAGAAGCGAGUGAUGGUAGAUGUAUCAAAGAUUGUCGCCAAAGCAAGAAGCUGCUUGUUCGCAUCAAGCAAACUCAAGUGAUUGAUUCAUCUAAGAUAUAUCUUCUUAUAAUUGAUGGGGUUGAGAAUGAUGACGAGUCUAACGGGCAAAAAGAGUUUUAUCAUGACCAGGUGAGAUUUUCUAAUUUACCAUGCUCGAGUCUUCUGAAUCGUAAUGUUCAUUGAGAAUGAUGACGAUUCUAAUGGGCAAGAAGAGUAUGUGAUAUCAUUGAAGGAAAGGUAUGUGAAUCAACUGACUCUAUCAUCAGUAUCUUGAAAUGUUGGUGAUGGUUAUGACUAACAUUUCUCUCUUUCUUUAAUUGGAGCGUCAUCUUGUGCUUGGUGUGAUUUCGUGAGGCUAUAAUGCUGCUACUGCUAUUUGUUUUUGGUAAUGGUGAAUGUGUAAAUAAUCUUUAUUAUUGUUGUUCUGUCUAGAUACAGUUGCUAGCAGACUUAAACUUGAAGAAAACUCCCAGCUGGUGGAGUUGGUUGCUGAUAGCAAUAUAAAAUUACUCACUCAUAGUGAAAAUUUUGACUUUGUUUUGAGCACAAGGAGCUUAUAGUGUCAUUCGGGCUAUUCGAGAUUGAAGAGCAUGUUGGGAGUGAAGAAGAAUGUCAUUCAGGCUAUUCAAGAAGCUUGAAGAACUUGUUAGGAGUGAAGAACAUGAUUCCUAGUUGUAUAGUUAGUCUAAGACUUGGUUUGAUAUAACUUGGAUGGUAUGUUCAAACCCUUAUGAUUAGUAUUCUUGUUGUGAAGAGUAGUGCUAAAGUAGUAUAUAGAAGUGUGGAUAUUAGUUUAACUAUUGGAUUGAGACUUACGUUGUAUGAAUUGAUGUUUGGUUUAUGAAAUGAUGUUAUAUC